GUACGCGCUGGUGCAUGGGCAAAGGGUAGAGGUACAGGCAGCUUUGGAGCAUGUGGUUAGUCCGCUGCCUGCUCUCCACGCGGGGCCUGCGGUCGUAGUCAUGCCUGUGGGAUAGUAGAGGUUGCUGCUUCCCGCGUCUCUCCCCACCAGACACAAUACAGACACACGCCCGCACACGCGCGCGCUGGGCGAGAGCAUGGCGAAAUCUGCGCGAGAGCAGAAAGAGCUGCUGGCUCUGAUGCACCAGCAGUUGAUCCAGAUGGGUUAUGAGAGCGCAGCCAAGGAGUUGCAGGAGCAGAGCGGCCAGAAGUCUUUCCCAUCAUCUCCUAUUUCUCUGAAUGAGAUCAUCACUCAGUGGAAAAAGGCUUUCUCACAAAUUCCAAAACAAAAGACCGUAGCAACCAAGAGUGGCACUCCAGUAAAGCUCAGAAUUCCUGACCCCGAGAGCAGCUCUGAGAGCUCAGAGGAGGAGGAACCAGCACAAACCAUGAAAACUAAUCUGCGUGUGAAUAACAGCACCAAGCCAGCAAAGACAGUAACUAAAGAAGAGAGUAGCAGCGAAGAUUCAGAUUCAGAUUCAUCUUCGGAAGAGGAAGCAGUUGCCAAAAAGGCUGAGAAAAACCUUGUGGCUGGGGAAAAAACUGAACUUCUGCAAUUGGCUGACCAAAAUACUAAUUCUGUCCCAGGGAAGGGGGUGACUGUUGCUGCUGCCCAAGCAAAAGGAGAGCAGGACAAAUCUGCUUCAAAUAAGACCCUGCCUCCAGCUGCGAGAAAAGGCCUUUCUGGUAAAGAAGGACCUUCUUCGCAGUCACUAAUUUCAGGAGGACAAAAAACAACACAGACCACAAAGACAGCAGAGACUUCUGAAAGCAGCAGCGGCAGCAGCUCAUCCGAGAGUGAGGAGGAAACAACUUUGACCACAGUAAAAGCCCCACCUUCCAAACUAGCUUUAAAGAAGGCGACAAACACAAGCAAGGACUCGAGUGAUGAUUCUGACUCUGAGGAUGGGACAAAAGCACCAACAGUCCAAAUUAAAGCAGCUGUGCAAAAUUCCCCGAUCAAUAGUCCACUGCUGAACAAGUCACCAGUCACUCCUGGUUCUUGUGCAAGAAACACAGUAAAGGUAACUGCAGCAAAGCAAGCCAGUGCGAAAUCUGCAAAUGCAAACAGAAGCCCAGAAUCAACAGACACUUCAGAAACUACUGACUCAUCGGAUAGUGAGACUAAAGCACCUGCUUCAGUAUCACAGGCCGUCAAAACAACAGCAAAAAAUGUAGUGUCAAGUCCAUUAAAGAAGGCAGUUUCUGCUUCUGUUGCAUCAAAAUUCACCCAGAAGGGCUCCGCGACCAGCUUAUCAAAACCACCGCCUCCUUCAAAAGAAUCCCAGAGCUCAGACAGCAGUGACUCAUCAUCUGAGAGUGACAGUGAGACUCCGCCGGUUCCCAUAAGUCAGAAGGCCUCCAAAGCACCAGGGAAAAAUGCAGCAUCAAGUCCAUCAAAGAAGACAGUUUCUGCUUCUAUUCCAUCAAAAUCCACCCAGAAGGCCCCCGCAACCAGUUUAUCAAAACCACCACCUCCUUCAAAAGAAGCCCAGAGCUCAGACAGCAGCGACUCAUCAUCUGAAAGUGACAAUGAGACUCUGCCGGUUCCCAUAAGUCAGAAGGUUGCUGUUUUUCCUCUGGGUCUUUGUUUUUGCAUGAACCAGCCAUUUGGUUUGUCAACUCCACGUCCUUCUGUGAGGACCAGACAAAAUCAGGCCAGUCAGUCUGGGAUCCUACCCAAAGCUGCACCAGGUGCUUCGAAGGAGAAGGAAGCACAGAAUGAAAGCAGCACCUCGUCUGACAGUGAGGAGGAAACUGAUCUUACAACAUCCAAAUUGCCAGCUCCGUCUACCCCCAAAGCAACUCCUGCAGCUCAAAGUGUAUGUACAGUGAAACCCCAGCCUCCAAAGGGACCACAUCAGAAAGCCCAGCAGAGCGGAGAUAGCAGUGAAGAUUCAAGUGAUGACUCUGACUCGGAGGAAGAUAAAGUGGCCACUCAGAAACCAACUCAGGUAACACGUCAACCUGCUACCAGUCCUGUGAAAAGCGUGACAGCCAAGAACGCAGGGCUCACAUCAAGCAAACCUCAGCCAGCAGAGAAAGGGGGGACACCCUCAACAAAAGCAGGAACUGUCCCUGUUCCAAAAGCUUCUGAGAGCUCAGAAAGCAGCAGCUCUGAUUCUUCAGAUAGCGAAGAAGCUGAGAAGCCAGCAAAGCAGCCUCCUAUUCACCCUUUUUUUAAGCUGGUGGCUGGCAAAGUAGCCAUUCCUUCAGGAAAGGAUGUACAGACCAACUUAAAUACAUCCAGUGUUGUUUCCAACAAACCCCAGAAAUCUGCCACAAAAGCAACAGGGAAGGAAGAACAAAUUCCCUCCCCAAAGGUUAAACUGAGCCAUGGACAGGCUCUGACUGCUAAGUCCUCUGGAAUCACUAUACAUAAGGAGAGCUCCUCAGACAGUUCCUCAGACAGCAGUGAGGAAGAAGCAGAAACUUCGACAACAGCCAAGCCUCAGACACAGCCUGCUGCCCAGCAGAAACAAGAGCCAAAAAAAGAAUCAGAGAGCUCAUCUGAGGAUUCCAGUGAUGAAGAACAAAAAGCUUCUCAGUCUCUUUUAACGGGGCUAUCAGGUCCUCACAAGAUCCAGGCAUCCACUGUGGCAGCAAGUCCUCUGCUCUCCAAACAGGGUUCUGUCACUGCUCAAGCAAAGUCAUCUGGGAAGCCAGCUCCUACUGACAGCACCUCAUCAUCUGAUAGCUCUUCAAGCGAUAGCGAUGCUGAGGAAACUGUCACAUCGAAAACAGAGAUCACCUUGUUGCCUUCUUCUGGAAAGGAAGCAGCAGCUGCUAAGGGAAAGGGGGCAAGGAAACAGGGGCUGAAGAGCACUAGCUCCAAGCCGCCCCCAGCAAAGAAAGCUGCAGCAAAGGCUCAGAGCAAUGGCCAAGCCCAAGAGACAUCUGCAGUACAGUUGCCAGAAUCACUUGCUCCAUCGUUCAGAGCUCUCCUUGGGAACAAAGAGCAGGAUACGGAACAAGGAACCCCUGGAAAUGCCCAGGCUAACCCCGUGGCAAAGGCCAAGACAUCAAAAAAUGGCAAGAAGGAGAAACCAUCCAAGAAACGGAAACUGGCAGAUGGGGACACUGAGCCUUCAAAGGGCAAGAAGCGUAAAAUGCAGAGCGCGGAGGAGUUAAAGCUAAAGAAGAAGAAAAAGAAAUCCAAGUCUUCAGACAGCGUCAAAUCAACAAAGAAAAAAGGCAGCAAAGAUAAGAAGUCUGAUAAAAAGAAAAAGAAGAGCAAAAAUGUGGCAGGACUUGAUGCAGAUGGGUCACAGAAGAAAAAGAAGAAAAAGAAGAAAACGGAUAACCUUCAAGAGGCAUGAACAUUGGCUUUGGAAUUCAACCUGAAGAAUGGAAGUACAUUAAUUAGAAAGGAAUUAUUCAUUUAUAUUUUUAAACAACAAAAACAAAUGUCAGAGAUUGAAUUUAAUUUAUAACUAUUUUUACUGAUGACUUUUAAAGCUAAGAAACUGUGUGCUUCAAGUGACCUGGAUAUGGGCUUGAUAGGAUACACCUUGUAUCAUUAACUGAAACGAUCUGGAUGUCUGAAGAUAUCUCAGAAGAUGCAUGUGCAGAGACAAAAAGUUGGCUUUGUUUACUGAAUAAUUUUUUAAAUUGCUGUUUCUCCUUCCUUUCUUCCCUUUCCUCGACACUUAAGAGUUAUAUUUUUAAGGAAACACCUCAUCCCUUUCCUCCUGCUAUUUUUUUUUUAAAUCAACUUUUUAUUUUCAUUUUCCAGAAGGGUCGUCCUUUGUCUCUCUUUAUGUCCAGCACGUACAAAAUUGUGUUGUCUCUGGAUUGGCUUUCUGUCUCAUCCUUCCUCUUUUUAUUAAUAAAAGAUAAAAGAUUUUGACUGGAAAAAGCAGAUUUGUCUGUGUAAAACCUAAAGUGCACAAUUUCUCCACCACACCUGAACAUUGCUGAUAAUUUGGCAAAGUUCUGAUCUCAUACUGAAUAUACUCGUGCAUUUAUUUUAAUUUUGGGACACUCAGGUUCCCAGGCCUCAGAUUGUCAUGGAACAUUUAUGGAAACUCACUCUGUAUUCCUCUAAUUUGUUAAUGCUUAGUUGGGACUAAGAGUUGUUCUUGUAUUAGUCCUAAAUAUGAAAAUGAUUCUUAGUCAUCCCAUUACUUAUUACCCCAUAUAGGUUUCCAAUUUCAUAUUCUCUACAGGCAUCUCAAAAAUGUCUGAAAAAUGGAAUUCAGGAAGUCAAGCGGUAUCUUUCCAAAAAGAGCCAGACUGUGAAGAACAUCUACCUUCUGCAAUUUCUAUAAAAUAAAG